AUGUCGCACCCCCUUCAAAAGUACCUUGCAGAUCAUAGUGAUCAGGAAGUUACAGCUGGUAUUUCUCUUGCAACACGACCCGCAGUUCAGCAACUGUUCUGUCAGCAAGAAUUUGCAAAAGAUGAACUACUUGCGCUCUCUGGGAAUAUUGGUCGCCAGAAACAAGGAGUCUAUGCGAACAUUUUGACCUGUAACAGUAACAUCGGCUAUACCGUUCCGCGUGUGUACAUCGGUGGGGCCGCCGGGCCGUACAGCUCUCAGUCCCAAGGCAUGCGAGCUAAUAUUCGUGCACACCAAAACAAAAAUAAAACUGCGAAAGCAUGUUCUAAUAUUCAUGAAAAGUUCCUGGUAGCAAAAGAGUGGGAGGCGAACUGGGCUGCCCUUGUCUUGUUUUCGUCUGAGGUCGACAGAGAGCUGGUAAAGUUUGCCCAUGCUGUCAUGGUUAUCAUGUUUGCGUCGUGCCAAGACGUCGAUUACAUUGCAUGCCGACCGCCAACACUGCUUCCUAUGCCUCUACAAUGGGGUUUGAAUGAGACAGGACCUUUGCAUUUCCAUAACAUUGCUACAUACAAUAAACUCUGCGGAGUUUCCAAUCCCGAAGAGAAGGAACGCAUUCGCUGCAGGCAAAGUAUAAACAGCUUAGCCAGUGCUUCCGCUAAGAAGAGACAACGCUGUGAAAGAUUGAGACGAGGCGGGGCCAUUCACGUGAAUGUACACAGAGCGGGCUCGCACAUCAAACGAUUUUUUAUCACACCAAUGAGCGCUGCUGAUGGUGGCCCUAUUGAUAUCACAAUUCCACUCAAAAUAGGUCUCAAAAACAGGCUUGAACAGUCUCCCACUGUUGAUAUGACCCUUGAUCUGAGCACAGCCAACCACCACAGACCAUAUGCUUCCAAAUCUGAACGAGAUAGCCGGAUGCGCCGACUCGGUAUUUUGAUCACCGGAAUCAUUCCAAGUGGCCCAAGAAAAGGUGCUCAAUUUAGACAAUGGCUUCAAUCAUCGAGAAAAGAGGGCGAACGCCAAGCGGAAAAGCUCAUUGGUUUCCUUGACCCCCACAACGGAACUCAUCUCCACCAGGACACAAGUGGCGAAGACUGCUCAAGUUCAUUUGCGAGUACGAGGAAUGGAGGCAGCUUUUCCAAUUCCACGCCGCCGACACAAGCGGCCUCGCUUCUUUCUAGCACCGCAAGGCAUUCACAAGUCACUCCACAGAUUGCAAUCUCCACAAAGAACCCUAGUUUCUCGUCGAUGAUCACUCGGCUGGUUCAAAAAAUUCGGCUGAAAGUGCUUUCCCGGAAAAUGAAAGUGACUCCAGCGGUUCUGGUGUAUUUCAAAAAUCGUACCGCCGAAUCAAUAGCAACGGCCUUGCUUCGCGGUAUCCGUCAGCCAGUUGUGAAUUUGAUUUCCUCCAAAGAAGAAUUGACUGCUACAAGACUUCUUUCCCUCAGUGGUGAUACUCGCGACCUCAGCCAAGGGGUCUAUGCGGAUAUUGUAACCAGUGGAGAUCCAACAUUUUUCAAGAUAUAUGUGGGUUCCGCCGCUGCUAUUUCUACGAAGGGGAAAGUCAAGGGCAUUAGGAGGAGGAUCCAGGAUCAUUUAUCGUAUCUACGAUCUACACGCAAGCCUCAAAGUGGCCAACCGCACUCCGGCGAGAUUCGGAAGGAGGGAAGGCUCUGCAAUUUCGUAGUGCUGGUCCAGUUUACAGACCCGGUUGAUACGCCAAGAUCUUCCACGGAGCCUAUUCUUGGGUCUCAAUAA